AAACCGAACCGUCCUCCUCUUUGGUCUACUAUGCCCUAAGAGGCCGCCUGCUGGCUCCCCUUCCUCGAUUCUGCCUCCUUGACUCCUCCAUAGCUCCAGCCAUCCUCGGGGUUUUCCCUCUUUCAGAACUGGAAGGGCUGCAGAGGACUAGACUAGUGAGAGAGGUGAUCAUCUGGUCCCAGAGUAGAAUCAUGCUUUCCUUUGCUUAAUUCUUCGAGCUCCUCCUGAUCCCUCGAAUGCCCUCAGCUGACUUUAGGACAAUCGUCCCAGCCUCACACAUCACCUGGGGGUCAUAUUGUUCACCUCUCUUAAUUUCUCCAGAAACAAAUCACUUGCUAGCACUAUUAGUGCCCCUACUGCGAUACAAAUCAUAAGCUCAGACACAACGCUGGAAUUUCACAGAAAGAGCCUAAAACAUCCAGGUGCUGCUGCUGUCUCUACUUCAGAACAGGUAGCAGUCAGGACUGUCCGCCCUGUGUCAUCUCAGAACAGAAGUGUGAGCUCAGCUUGUUUCAGAACUUUCCCACCAUGAUCUCCAAGAAGAUGGUGAAUUCUGUGGAAGGGUGUGCUGAUGAUGCCCUUGCUGGGUUUGUAGCCUCUAAUCCUGACUUGCAGCUCCUGCAAGGGCACCGUGUGGUCCUACGUUCUGACCUGGACAGCCUCAAGGGCCGGGUAGCGCUUCUGUCAGGUGGAGGCUCAGGCCAUGAGCCUGCCCAUGCUGGUUUUGUCGGGAAAGGGAUGCUGACAGGGGUCAUUGCAGGAUCUGUGUUUGCCUCUCCUCCUGUGGGCAGCAUCUUGGCUGCCAUUAGAGCUGUGGCUCAGGCAGGCACAGCGGGCACCCUCCUCAUUGUGAAGAACUACACUGGGGAUCGGCUCAACUUUGGACUUGCCAUGGAGCAGGCCAAGGCCCAGGGCAUCUCUGUGGAGAUGGUGGUAGUUGAGGAUGACAGCGCCUUCACUGUCCUGAAGAAGGCAGGCCGGCGUGGCCUGUGCGGCACAGUACUUAUCCACAAGGUGGCAGGUGCUCUGGCUGAGAAAGGUAUGGGGCUGGAGGAGAUCACAAAGAGGGUGAGCAUGAUCGCCAAGACCAUGGGUACCCUGGGAGUGAGCCUGUCUUCCUGCAGUGUCCCUGGUGCCACACACACCUUUGAGCUUGCAGCUGAUGAAAUGGAGCUAGGCCUGGGGAUCCACGGGGAAGCUGGUGUUCGUCGAAUAAAGAUAGCACCUGUUAAUGAGAUUGUCACUCUUAUGCUUGACCACAUGACAAACACCUCCAAUAUAUCCCAUAUACCUAUACAGUCAGGCUCUUCAGUGGUGCUGAUAGUCAACAAUCUGGGUGGCCUGUCUUUCCUGGAACUGGGCAUCAUAGCUGAUGCCGCCAUACGCUUGCUGGAGGGCCGUGGGGUGAAGGUCGCCCGUGCCCUGGUGGGUACCUUCAUGUCAGCGCUAGAGAUGCGUGGUGUUUCCCUUACUUUGAUGCAUGUGGAUGAACCCCUGCUGAAGCUGAUAGAUGCUGAAACUACUGCAAAAGCCUGGCCUCACAUGGCCAAGGUCUCUGUGACUGGGAGGACGCGGAUUCGGGCAGCUCCCACAGAGCCUCCAGAAGCCUCUGAAACCACUGCGGCAGGAGGUGUAACAUCCAAGCAGAUGGCACUUGUGCUGGAUCGGGUGUGCACCACCCUUAUCGGACUGGAGGAGCACCUGAAUGCCUUGGACAGGGCUGCUGGUGAUGGGGAUUGCGGUUCAACCCAUAGCCGUGCUGCCAAAGCCAUUCAGAGCUGGCUAAAGGAAGGCCCAACUCUAACCAGCCCUGCCCAGGUACUCUCCAAAUUGUCUAUCCUGAUGCUGGAGAAGAUGGGAGGCUCAUCUGGGGCGCUCUAUGGCCUGUUCCUGACUGCAGCUGCCCAGCCUCUCAAGGCCAAUAUUGACCUCCCAACCUGGUCUGCUGCCAUGGAUGCCGGCCUAGCGGCCAUGCAGAGGUAUGGAAAGGCUGCACCAGGAGACAGGACAAUGCUGGAUUCUCUAUGGGCAGCAGCACAGGAGUUCCAAGCCUGGAAGAGCCCAGGGGCCAGUCUCCUCCCAGUUCUGACUAAAGCAGUCAAGAGUGCUGAAGCUGCAGCAGAGGCCACCAAGAACAUGGAAGCUGGUGCUGGGAGAGCUAGUUAUAUCAGCUCUGCACAACUAGAUAAGCCAGACCCUGGAGCAGUUGCAGUUGCCGCCAUCUUUCGUGCCAUCCUGGAGGUCUUGCAGACACAGGGAGCAUGACUGCUUUUCUCCUCCUCAGCUCCUGUUUUGUUACUUCCUCUUGCCUUCAGAUACUCUCUAACUGGGACAUUACCCAGUCUAUACCCAUUUGGUUUCAAGAUUCCAGGCCUCUUCCCCUAUACCCAGUCAGUACAUGAACGAAAGCUAAUAAAAUCCAUUGAAGCUGA